CACCCAGGGGGAACGCUGAGGGAGCAGGACGGAGCCAUGGACCCUGCCAGGAAAGCAGGCUCCCAGGCAGUGAUUCGGACUACGGGCUGGCUGGUUCUGUUGAUGCUCCUUCUUGGAGGAGGAGCGCAGGCCCUGGAGUGCUACAGCUGCGUGCAGAAAGCAGAUGAUGGAUGCUCUCCACAGAAGACCAAGACGGUGAAGUGCGCGCCGGGCGUGAACGUCUGCACAGAGGCCGUGGGGGCGGUGGAGACCAUCCACGGGCAGUUCUCGGUGGCAGUGCGGGGCUGCGGUUCGGGACUCCCGGGCAAGAAUGACCGCGGCCUGGACCUUCACGGGCUACUGGCCUUCAUCCAGCUGCAGCAGUGCUCCCAGGACCGCUGCAACACCAAACUCAACCUCACGUCCCGAGCGCUGAACCCCGCAGGCAAUGAGAGCGCGUACCAGCCCAACGGUGCCGAGUGCUACAGCUGCGUGGGGCUGAGCCGCGAGGCGUGCCAGGGUACGGCGCCGCCCGUCGUCAGCUGCUACAACGCCAGCGACCGCGUCUACAAGGGCUGCUUCGACGGUAACGUCACCCUGACGGCAGCAAAUGUGACUGUGUCCUUGCCUGUUCGGGGCUGUGUCCAGGACGAGUUCUGCACCCGGGAUGUGGUGACAGGCCCAGGGUUCACACUCAGUGGCUCCUGCUGCCAGGGGUCCCGCUGUAACUCGGAUCUCCACAACAAGACCUUUUUCUCUCCUCGAAUCCCACCCCUUGUUCUGCUGCCUGCUCCUAAGCCCACCACUCUGGCCACAACCACCUCCAUCACUACUUCUACCCCAGUCCCAACCACACUCGUCUCUACCAGCAAACCCACCUCAGCCCCAGCCAACCAGACUUCUCCACAGGAAGUACAUCAAGAGACCUCCCAGAAAGGGGAAUCUAGCGUGGCUGGAGGCGCCCCUGGCCACCAGGACCGAAGUAAUAUGGGGCAUCACCCUACAAAAGGUGUGGCCUAUAGUAAAGGCUCUGUGACUCCCUUCAUUGGGCUGGUGGCCCCUCUGUUGGCUGUGGCUGCUGGCAACUUACUUUGAGUUUUUCCAUCUAGAAACCAUCUUGCCCUAUUCCCUGGCCCUGGGCGCCCUCUCUUCCCACUACUUCCCUUUCCCGGACUGGACUGGGCUGGCCCAGCCCCCGUUCUUCCAAUCUUCCCCACUCUCCCCAGCUUCUGCUGCACUGGUUUGCGGCUUUGGGAAAUAAAGUUACCGUUGUCUAUAUCCUGCCAGGGUGUUGCAGCUUUUUGAAGGCAGCAAAUGCAUCUCCCUUAUCUCUGUCUCUCUUUCCUGUCCUCAUGGUGCCUAGGACUGAGAAAAGUCAGGGCUGUCAUAGGGAAAAUGGGAGAAACAAUGAUGAGCUUCCUCUUUGCCUUCUUACAGCCAACCUGGAAUAUGGGGGGUAGAGCGGGGUACUCAUGCCUUCCUCUGCUUGGCUGCUGCCCCUUCCCCCCAUCUCUGUGGCAAUCGUUUGGGCGUCUGACUUCCUUACUAGACUGUGAGCUCCUCAAGGGCAGGGACCGUGCCUUAUGCCCCUGUGUGAUCAGCUUCUGGCACAGAAAGGUCUCAAUAAAAGUUUGGUUACUUUGUA